UGCCGCUGCUGCUGGUGCUGGUGCUUCCGCCGCUGGUGUCGUGGUCGCCGCUGCCGUGAGUCAGGCUGCGCCUGGUUCCUCAGCUCUCGGUGUCCUCGGGCCCACCGCUGCGCCUCGACCUUGCUGCGGGCUCGGAUCUGCCGGGAAAAUGUCUGAUGAAUUUUCGUUGGCAGAUGCGCUACCUGACCACUCCCCUGCCAAAACUGCUGUGAGCAAUACAAAACCUAGCCAACCUCCUCAAAGCUGGCCAGGUUCCAACCCUUGGAAUAACCCAAGCGCUCCACCUUCUGUGCCAUCUGGACUCCCACCGAGUGCAGCACCCUCCACUGUGCCUUUCGGAUCAGCGCCAACAGGAAUGUAUCCUUCUGUGCCUCCCACUGGACCACCUCCAGGACCCCCAGGACACUUUCCUCCGUCUGGACCAUCAUGCCCCCCGCCUGGUGGUCCUUAUCCAGCCCCAACUGUGCCAGGUCCUGGCCCCACAGGGCCAUAUCCUACACCAAAUAUGCCCUUUCCAGAGCUUCCGCGACCAUAUGGUGCUCCCACCGAUCCAGCUGGUCCUUUAGGUCCAUGGGGAUCCAUGUCUUCUGGACCUUGGGCACCAGGAAUGGGAGGGCAGUAUCCUACCCCUAAUAUGCCAUAUCCAGGGCCAUAUCCCACACCUCCUCCUCCCCAAGCACCAGGGGCAGCACCGCCUGUUCCAUGGGGCACUGUUCCACCAGGAGCCUGGGGACCACCAGCACCAUAUCCUGCCCCUGGAGGAUCAUAUCCCACACCAGGACUCUAUCCCACACCCAAUAAUCCUUUUCAAGUGCCUUCAGGACCUUCUGGUGCUCCACCAAUGCCUGGUGGCCCCCAUUCUUACCAUUAAGUUAAUGGAUGAAGAGAUGACGCUUUGCUUUUUGAAGUACAUAUAUAUGCACAUGAAUGCAUAUAUAAAAAUUGCUGGUUUCACUAUUAGAGGGCAUUCAUGAAAGAACAACUCUUGCACCUCUCAGAAGAUAUCUGCCUCUUGUACUUGGAUGUAUAAUAUAUCAGAUGGAUACAAUCAGAUAAAAAUACCAAGGAUCAAACCCGACACCUUGGCAUAUCACCACAGCCCUCUGACCAGCUGAGCUAUCUAGCCAGUAAACAGACUUCUCCACGAAACCCCUAGUAACUGUCUUUAUCUCAAAGAAGAAAUCACCCUGCCAGAUGCCUUCAAAUCGAUCCCACUGUGUAGGUUCCUCCUGACAUUUAGCUUUCACCUCCCAGGCUGGGCCUGGGAAGGGCCAAGAGAUUGCACUGUUCCGGAGUGGAACACCCCAGAAUUCACCUUGCCUUUCCCUGGGCCUGCCUGUGGGGGCGUUUUCACUCCCAUCCUGGCUCGAGCAGGGCAGUGCCCUGGCCCGGGCAGCCCCUGGACAUUAGAGGAGGCGCUGCCCCAGGAAGGCCUGGAAAACACAGCUCAUUAAAGCUGGGCUGUGAGUCACUGGGGUGUGGACGCUGUUGAGUCACAUUCUUGCAACAUAACAAACAACCGAGAACAGGGAGAGAUUCUAUAAAACUCUUUCAAGGUCAGGCUCGCCCUCACUCUCCGGCCGGCCGCCAGGGCAAGGUCAUCGUGGAGCAAAGGGGAAGGUGCCACCGGCCGGGAUGGCCGGAAGCAGAGCCUGCGCUGGCGACUCUGUGUCUACCAGCUGGUGGGGGACAUGAAACACUGGCCCAAAGACACCCUGGAGCCCAUCCUCACGCCGUCGGUAGAGGAGCUUGGAGUCUGGGAGACCUGGUUUCAGUGAAGAAAUCUGGGCCAUAUGACUCCUUCCUCCGAGACUGGCUGUACAUGCACCCGCUGGGAACAAGAAGCCGUUUGAAGAGGAGAAACUGCGAAGAUGAAAGGGAAAAUGAGAAAAGAUCCAGACCAAGGCAGGUGAGGUGGCAGUGAAAUUUCUGAGAAGCUGUCACUGCAGGUGGGGAUGAAGAACAAUGUCAAAUGGGAGCUCAACCCUGACACAGUUGCCUGCUCCUUUCUCAAAAAUCUGUAAUAGAGUCAACAGCAACAACAACAAUAAAGUAAAAAAUAAAAAUAUAAUUUAAAAGGUUGAAGAAAAAAAUCGUGGUGUUGUGGUAGCCCCUCAUGCACUGAAGUUACCAGAAGAGCCCGUCCCACGGUGGGGUGCGUGUUGGUGGGCUUGACACUGUCAGGGUAGCUGUGACUGUGGUGAACUUCGAAGGCCCAAGACCAAAAGAUGUAAGUACUGCUUAGCCCAGCAAGCUGCCAAGGGAGUGACCCCCAGCUUCCAGACGAUCUGAACCUACUCUCCCUCAGCAGCCGUGACGCAGAAUCCGAGGCACAGUGGAGCUGUUAGGUCGAAAGGGGGUCCAGGAGCUGAUGCAUGCCUCCGCCAGGCAGAUGGUGACGUAGAUACUGGGCCCUUCCUAGAAUCGGUAACAGGCCAGUGCACCAGGUAAACGGUGACGCAGAUACCGGUCCCACCCUGGAAU